CAUUUAUUAAAGUUUAUGAUGGGAAUUCCGUAUUCUGAAAACACUCCUUCGCUGUCAUCGUAUCCUGAAAGGUCAAAUUAUAUGACAGCUGCGUUAGAAACUCUGACUGAAGAAGAAAAGAAAGGAUUAACAGCAAGGCUGCUUAGUCGCUCUCUAAGUAAGCUAAGCUUAAUAUCUGUACAAACAUUAACCCAACAAUUAUACGACCGAAUCAACGACAGUAUUGCUUCUCUUGUACAUAUUCAAUAUUUCGAAAGGAGACGACACGUUGAUCCCAGUGAAAAAGCUAUUGAUGCGCCUGUGAAAGUCUUUUGCGGUCGGAACAUUCAAACGAGAAAAAUUGGUCGUAGCUCACUCAGGAAAAGUGUUUGGCCAGUGCCGUGGCUGAAAGCAAUUUUUUUACCGGAGUUCCUGAAUAAUUCACGUAUUACAGAAAAAGAUUUUUCGAUACUGAACUGCAUUGGGAAGGGUACAUUCAGUAAAGUGUAUAGAGUAUGCUUGAAACUUGAUCGGAAUUUUUUAUUUGCUAUGAAAAAGCAGUCAAAAAGCAUAAUUUUGGCGAUAAACGCCAUUCAACAAGUUAAAGAAGAAGCUUCAAUACAUAAAAGUCUCUCGGAUAACGUGUUCAUUGCAAAAUGUUACGCUAGCUGGCAAUCGAGGACACAUCUCUUCACACUACUUCAAUACGCAAUGGGUUACGGAAAUUUGUUCACGUUGUGGCGUGAUUACGGACCCUUCGCGGUAGAUACUUUGAGAAUAUAUGGUGCAGAAAUUGCUUUUGCUUUAGACUACAUUCACAAGAACAAUGUAAUUUAUCGAGAUUUAAAAAUGGAAAAUAUCGUGCUUGAUCUUGAUGGCCAUAUUCAGAUUGUUGAUUUCGGUUUCUCAAAAAAACUUGCUGAUGGAGAACGAACACGAACAGUAUGCGGAACACUUCAGUAUAUGGCUCCUGAAAUAGCCAGAGAGAAAUUUUAUGGCAGAGAGGUGGAUUGGUGGUCUUACGGAGUGCUGCUUCAUAUUCUUAAUACAAAUAGUUAUCCAUUUCCAAAUUGUGAUGUCAUUUCACAUAUUGAACUUAGAUAUGAUAGUUACAAUACUCCCUGCUGUGAACCAAUGCUAAGCGACCUUUUCAGUAAGCUACUAAGUGUAAACAUGGAACGAAGGAUAUAUACAUUUGCUCAAGUGAAAUGUCAUCCUUUUUUCGAGACCGUUAAUUGGGAUGAUGUUGCAUUGAAAAAGUUAGUACCAUUUGCCUACAUGGAGAAACUGCGACGUUGUCCAAGCUGCAAUUCUUUAUAUGACAAAAGCGCAUCGGAUUUCAGUAGUACAGAUGUGGAGGAGAAUUGGGCUGCUUUUGAGGAACGAUAUGAGUUCAAUAAUGACGAUUACUUUCGUGAUCAGAUGUAAUGACAGAG